AUGCUGAUCCAACAGACGAACUGCAGCAAGCCCCGGCGGCGAGGUCGCCGGCGUGUGCGCCGCAGCGGUGGUGGUGUCCGGCUGGGCUUGCUGCUCCGGCUGCGCGUGCGGCUGUUCGGCAUCGUCGGCCUGCUCGUCAGGCGCGUGGAGGAGCUCAGAUGCUGCCCCGCCCGUGGCAAGAUCAGCUGCUCGACGUCGAGAGCGCGCAGGCCGGUGUUGUCCCUUGACGGUAGCUGCCGUCGCCGUCAGGCGCCGGCAGAUAGGAAUCAGAGCUCCUUCUACAACGAGGCCAUAGCAGACUGCUUGGAGUUCAUCAAGAGCAGAUCCACCUAAAUGCCUGCGAAGGAUGAUAAGAUC